ACGUCGACAAACAUGCGGGGUCGGCUGAUAAGUGAUAACAAUAAAUUUCGUGUCCGGAGAUAAUGGCACAACCCAUUUCGAAAAUUAUUAUUUGCGCAAUUUUAUUUACUAAAAUUACUAAAUUGAACGAUUAGGUUCCUCUCCACCGUCUCCAACGGUAGUUGAUUGUCAUCAGUUUUACUGUUUGUCAUUGUUAGUGUUUCCUGAUCGUAAAUCUCAAAGCGGACAAUGUCAAAUACUAUUUAAUUGAAAUAUAUUUUGUUAUUCAGCAAGUAUAGUAUUUCACACGUUUUGUAAGUAAUUAAUUAAUUAGUUUGGGUAUUCUGCCGUUUUAUUAAAAAAAAAAAAAAAUUAUUUAAAAAAAUGUUACCUGUCGUAAAAUAUCAAUAAAGUAACCAGUUAUUGGUUAAUGUCGAAUAGUAUAGUAAUUUUAAAAUGAGUGUCUAUAUUUUUUUGAGCUAAACUUAAUGUCUACUUACAAAUAAGUAUGUAGAAAGUAUUCUACUAUUGUUUGAUUCCUACAUUUAUUAUAUCUUAUAAUAAAUGUUUUAUAUCAUACUAUAAAACAAAAUCAAAUAAUAUAUUUAUCUAUUGCACUAAUACAUUAUUAUUUAUAUUAAUUUCUUAAAAAAUUAUAAUAUUCUGAUUUUUGUUUAAUUAUUGCUAUCUGAAUUGCUAUUAAUGCACUUAUACAUUUUUUACUGUUCCAAUUCAAAUAAAUCCACAUGAUUUGUUGUGUUUUAAAAUAUAUUAGGUAGGUAUUGCAAAUUGAAUAAAAGUUAAAUUAAUUAUAUUAGUUUAGUUUUCUAGACAUCUAUCCUCCAUGUAAAACUGAAUACCUAGAUAUUUAAAAUUAUGUUUUUCAAUUUUGUAUUAUUAAAUUAUUUGUAAAUGCAUUUUUAGGUUACUAGGCAGAUAUUAUAAAACUAAAACUAAAUUAAAUACCCAAUGUUUUUUGAAAUAAAAAUUUGAUUGUACAUAAUUGUUAACUAAAAUCAUGGUACCUAAUUUAAUAUUUAAUCAAAUUUAAAUAGGUCCCUUUUUUUCAAAGAAUAUUGCAUAGUUACAUGACAGAAAUAUUUGAAUACGUACACAUAAAUUGUAACUUAAAUAGUUUUAUUUAAAAUAGGCACUUUCUCAAAUAUUAGUUUAUAUUGAAACAAAAUGGAUAACUAUACUGCCUUCAUAAAUGCAAAAUUUUAAAACAUGUUUCCUCAAAAAUUAUCUCUAGCUACUUAUGGCUUUUUAACAUAUAUGGAUAUAAUGACUACUAAUUUUAGAACUAAUUUACUUAAAAUUUAUUUAAUUUUUCUAUUUAAGAAUUGAAUAGCUACUAAAAAUGUAGGUUUUUUUUUUUUUAAGAAUCCAAAUUUGUGUUAGCUAUCAGUCUGUCCUUAUUCUCUAUUUAAAUAUUUUAUUAGUUAAAAUAAUUGGUUAAAAAUAUAUUUAAAUGAUAAAAUAAAAUGAUAUAAAUGAAUUAUAAAUAAAUGAAACUGUAACAAAAUAAAAAAAUGUAUAUCAAGUAGGUAGGUACGUUAGUGCAAUGUGUUCUGAUCUAAUUAUUUAUUAUCAUUGUAUUUUAUAUUAUAGUUAAAUUCACAGUCAUGUCCAAAAAGAGAACAAGAGACGUAUCUAAUAAUACGACAGAAGUGGAGAUGCAAUUGAGCAAUAGAAACUCAUUAACAAAAUUUGAACAUACCAAGUUAAUAAAUAUUGCACCUGUAUGUAUACAAUAUGGAUCCAUUUAAUAUAUUUCAUAUAUUAAAUUUAAUAUUAUAUUUAAAAAAAAAAAAAAUCUGAAUUAUUUAUAUAUAUACAGUUUUUUUAAAAUCAGGGCCAUAGGGCUCAUGCCUGAAGCAGUGUUCUGAUGAAUUAUAAUUUCAAUUAUUAAGAACAUAGUAAUAUAAUAAUAUAAUAUUUUGAUUUUAGUCAAUUUUCAAACCAGCACCAUAUAGCACGGAAAAAGAUGCAGUUGAUGAACGGAAUGCGUGUGAUUAUAGUACAAAAAUUACUAUGGAAAUGGCUAAUUCUAACUUAGGUAUAAAUUAUAUUAUUAAUAGUAGAAAUUAUGUUAGUUUUUUUACUACUACUUGAUAUUUCAUAUAUUUAUUUAAAAAUUGUUUAUAAACUUAAAGAUCUAUAAAAGCCUAAACAUUAAUUUUUAAAUUAUUUGGUUUACAUUUACAUUUUACCUGCUUAACAGUCUUUGUGUCAUGAUGAUAUUUUUUUUUCUUUCUAAGUCUAUUGGUUUUAUAUUGUAUAAGAAAUGUUAUGAAAGAAAUAUGUUAAAAUAAAAAAAUAUGAUUACAAAUACUUUACUAUUCAUAUUUAUUUAUUUAUUUCAAAAUAAUUUUUCUUUCUGAACACAACCGUCUCAUAUUUUUGAAGGCUGUUAUUUCAAUACUAUAUGGCCACAGGCCAAAUAUUCUAGUUAUUGUGAUUAUUUAACAUAAGUCAAAUACGUAUCAUUAAAUUCAAAGUAAUUAUAAUUUAUAAUACCUAGCAAUUAUGAUGCAUUUUCAUACUUUCAUACUUACCAUUUAAAUCAAUACCAAAUUUAAAUUAUAUUUAUUAAAAUAACUAUUUUAAUUUAUAGCUGAAAUUUAAUUUUUAUUUUAGAACACGCUUGUUGUUAUUUGCAGCUCCUCGGAGAAUCAGAGUAUACGCAGAUGGUGUUUAUGAUAUGUUCCAUCAAGGUCACGCUAGACAAUUAAUGCAAGCAAAAACUGUAUUCCAAAAUGUUUAUUUGAUUGUUGGAGGUUUGUUGAUAUCCGAUUCAAUUAAAAUUUCACAUUUUACCCAAUAUUUUCCAUUUUAAUAUUAUUAUUUAUUUAUUGCGCAUAUAUUAUAGUAUGCAGUGACAGUAUUACACACGCGCUUAAAGGUAAGACUGUAAUGACAGAUGAAGAAAGGUAUGAAGCUGUGAGACAUUGCCGAUAUGUAGAUGAAGUUCUGAGAAAUGCACCAUGGGAAAUUAAUGAUCAAUUUUUAAUAGAAAAUAAAGUAAUUAAAGUUAACUGUUUUCUUUUUAAUUAAAGUUGUGAAUUUUAAAUUCUGUAUAGAUUGAUUUUGUUGCUCAUGAUGAUAUUCCUUACAUUAAUGAAGCUGGUGAAGAUAUUUAUAGAGAGCUAAAAGAAAAAGGUAUGUUUGUAGGCACCCAACGGACUGAGGGUGUGUCAACAUCGGAUGUUAUUUCACGAAUUGUACGUGACUAUGAUAUGUAUGUUAGACGAAAUCUUCAACGUGGAUACAGUGCAAAAGAUUUAAAUGUAUCAUAUUUAAAGGUUAUACAAGUAUAUAUUAAUAUUAAUUAACCACAGAUAAUAAAUAAUAGUUCAUACUUAUUUUUAGGAAAAAAAAUUAAAACUACAAAACAAAAUGGAAGAACUUAAAGACCGCAGCAAGCGGGUAAUGGGUACUAUUGGAGAAAAAAAAGUAGACAUGUUGCAACGGUGGGAAGAAAAAUCGAGAGACUUUAUUGUUUCAUUCUUGUUGUUAUUUGGUCGAGAUGGACCUAUUGUGAGUUUAUCAACCUUACCUGAAUUAGUAUAAAAAAUGUAUGCAAAUAUUUAAUUUUCUAGUCACAUUUUUGGAAUGACAGUAAAGGUAAACUGUUACAAGCAUUUUCUCCUCCUUCAAGUCCAACACCAAGUGGUCGUAAUACUCCAGAAUCAACUAGUUCAUCUGAAGAUAAUUUAAGGCAAAUCAUUUUGGUUUUAAAAAUACAAUAUAAUUUUUAAAAAAAGUAAAUUUUAAUUUAUUGAAUUCAGGUCUCCUCCUAGAAAAUCAAGUAGAACUGAACGUUAUUUGGAUGAUGAUGAAGACGAAGAUGAUGAUGAUGAAGAUGAAGAUGAAGAAGACCUUUUAAAUAGAUACGACUAUAUACAUGGUGAAAAAAGCUCAAAUACUAAUUCCUAAUAUUGAAGAAUAUUUAUAAAAACACAUUACAGAAAAAACUAUUAGUAUAAUUAUAAAUGCACAAAUUCUUGUUGUUAGAAUAAAAUUAAUAAUAUAAAAACUAAAAUUUAUAAUAAAUAUUCCUAUGUGUUUGUUUUAUAAAAAUAAAAAUAUACAAUUUUUGUUCAUAUUUAGAUUUUUAGAAUAUUACUUGUUUAUAAAAAAAGAAAAAAUCAUAUAUUGUCAUAAUAUAAAAGAAAUAGAUAUACAAUGUUUACAAAUAUUACUCCUAUCUAUUUUGUAAAUUUUAUUUAAAACUAAAAGUGUACUCGAUGACAGUAUAUUUGUAUUGAUUUUAUGUUUUAUACAACUUAAUAUUUUAGUUAUCUUUAUAUUGUUUAUUUUGAUCUGAAAUUUGUAUAGUUUAUAAGUUGGAGAGAAAAAAUAACCAAGUGAAUUAUAUAAUAUAUUUAUUUUAUUUUAUAAAAAAAUAUAAAAAUGCUAUGUUGAACUAAAUUUUUUUUUUACUACUAAGUACAGCGUGUUCUACAGAUGUUACAUUAUGGUAAAAUAAUUACAUAUAUAUUAUAUAUUUUCUUUAAUAAUAUUUGUUUAAUAUUGUAUCUAUUUUCCGGUUUUCACCAUGUUUUUCCCAUUUAUUGGAAAAACUGGGAAAAUUAAAAAUUUACCUCCCUAAAAGUACCAUACUAGGAAAAUUUCUUUUUUUGAAAGUUGCUAUACUUGAUACUUAGGAGCAAGAUUUCUGGUAGAAUUUAUAUACACAGUAUGAAAAAAAAAUAAAUAAAAAUCUUUAUAAAACCAAUAAAUACAUUCUUCGCUACACACUGAAUCUAAAAUGACUACGCUAGACCUAUUUUCAAAUUUUAAAAGGAGCGAGGGAGCUAUUGAUUUUACUAAGAUAUUUAUUUUUUUUUCUUCUAGUCUGUGUACACGUUUUUUUCAUAGUAAACUUGAUCUGAUUUUUAUGUAUAGCAACUUUUUUGAAAGCUUAAGGGCUCUCAUCCGCUCCCAUCCCUAGUACGCCUUUUUUUUUACAAUCAUUCAACUUGUGAUGAAAAUAAUAAAUCCCUAAAAAUAACGAAAAAAAUUGCUAGAAUGUUUUGAAAAAUUAACCACAUAUAGAAAAUUAGUUAUUAUUAAUAUUCUAUGACAAUUUUUGGUUUCUACAAUUCCUUUUAACCAAAUUAUAGGAAAAAAAAAAGUUGAAACUGAGGAUGGGAGGGACCAAUGUUGUAGGUGAGAAGUUAGGGAAAUAGGUUACACAAGGUUAUUUAAUUUUAUAUUUGUAGGCAACGCUAAACCAUUGCUUGACGAAAGAUGAUUCCAAACGCAGUUCGGUAAUACAAAAUUUGAAGUGUCAUAAUUUUUUUUUUUACGAUUUUCGUUUAAAUUUGAUUUCAAAACGCUUGUUAAAAAAUAAAAAUAAAGUCAUCCGAUGAUUUUAGAAAUUUUACCACGUCUAGGUAAAUCCAAUAAAAAUAUUACCAAGUUUCAAGUCUCUACGUGUAUUUAGAACCGAAUUACAGCAAAAAAAACUUCCAAAAAUCAAAAUUCUUUAAAAGUUUUGGUAGUGAUACCAUAAGAAAGUAAAUCAAAAAGAUAACAAAAAGGGUAUCUUUUUUUCAUGAUUUUCGUGAUUUUUUCAUUAAAUCAUUUUUUCUGGCAAAAAACGUCAACCGUGUUUUUAUAAAAUAAUGAAAUUGUGAAAUUAUACGUUUUCUUAGUUUUUUCCCACUUUUAUUUAAAAAAUGGUGUCGAAUAUCAAAAAAUUACUUAGUACCAUCUAGACAAUUUGAGCUUAAAAAAAAAAAAAUAACAUUGUAAAACAUUUAGCUCCAUCGCUAUGUUCGGAAUCUAAGAGGGCUAAUUGUUUGAUGAACUAAAAAUUUGGUACUCUUAAAAAAUGUAUUUUAUCAUAUAUCUUAUGUUUACAUUUAUUGGUACAUUUCCCAUAAUAUGUAUAUAAUUACCAUUUUAUAGGAUCAAGGGACAAAAUGCAAGUCAUCAACAUCUUAUCUCUAAUAAUAAUUAUUUGUAUAUAUAUAUAGGUUAUGUAAAAAAAAUAGGCCAAGAGUCUAAAAUCUCCUAAAAUCCACUACACUACAAUUUGUUAGUUUAUGAUAAAAUACUAUAGUUUAUCAUUAAAAAAGUAACUCUUUUCCUUAGACUGUCCUUUAAGUAUUCGAUUAGUAAAUCUCAGGUGUAGAACAAUUAAGAUUAAGGAUUAAGGAUUAAUCAUUUGUAAUUAUCAAAAGUUAAAACUUAGUUUAAAAUCAUUGUUAUUUUAGUGAUAUAUUUAACGAGAAAAACUAUUAAAUUGUAUUUUGAUUCGAGUAAUUCUUAUUUUAAUGAAUACAAAUAUACACUUUUUGAAAAACAAAAGUUAAUAUAAAUAAAAUUUAUAAUUUGGAUUUUGUAGAAGAAAUUCCCACAGGUAUAAAUGGGCUUGGCAAUGCAUAUAGACGAUGUUUCUUCUUAAAAUCUGUUAUGUCCGCUAUUAUUGUGCUCUAAAAUUAGAAAAAUAACAUUAGUAUAUUACACUCCAAACAAAUUAUAAUUAAUUCAUACAUUGUUGUUUGCAAGUGUAUUAUCAUCAUUUGUAUUUUUAAGUGUAGAUUUUACAUGUACAGCCAGCUUUUGUCUUUUGGGACUAGACCGACUGAUUUGUUCCUAUACAAAUAACAAAUUAAUUUUACAAUAAUAUAAUUUUAUAAAAAUAAUAAUAAAAUUACAAAUAACUUACUGCAUAAAAUUGAACAAUAUCACUCUUAACAAUUGACUUCAAUGCUUCUGCUUCAAUUUGUGCCCGAUUAAAAUUAUAGUCUUGUGUAUCAAUUUCUAACAGAUAAACAGCUGCUUGUUUCAUCAAGCCCUUUGGCUUCUCUAACAAUUUAACUGUUAAAGCAUCUUUAUAUUUCUCAAAUUCUUCAUCAGACAUAUUUUCUAAUAAUUCCUAUACAGCCAAAAAUAUUCAAAAUCAAUUUUACAAUAAUAUAUAUAUUAAUAUAUAAUUUUACAAUUUUAACCAAAGUAGUCUAAUAAAAGAAACAAACCUGAAUAGUAUCUAUGUAACUCUCUAUUCUUGAAUCAACAUACAUCGGAGUACGGUCAGAUUGUACAAUAAUACGCAUACUCAAUACCCCACGAAUUCUGCUUGAUGAACUAAAUACUAUGUAUCCAAGUUGUUCCUAAAAU